AUGAGUCCUCCCGCGAUUAUCGCGCCCUCGAUUCUGAGCGCCGACUUCGCCGCCCUAGGCGAAGCUUGCUCAAAGACAAUGGACCAAGGCUGUGACUGGUUGCACGUCGACAUUAUGGACGGCCACUUCGUACCCAACAUCACAUUCGGCGCCCCCGUGGUAUCGAAGAUCAGAUCAUACGUGGAAAGACCCAAGACCGCCGGCGGGAGAGGUACCUUUGAUUGCCAUAUGAUGAUCUCCGAGCCUCACCGGUGGGCCUCGACCUUCCGUGACGCCGGCUGCGACCUAUACUGCUUCCAUUACGAAGCCGCUGUGAGCUCCGUCGCUGCUACCGAACCCACAGACCAAACCACCACUCGCCCAACUUCACCGAAGGAGUUGAUCCGCUAUAUUCACGACCUAGGCAUGCAGGCCGGUAUCGCCAUCAAGCCUGAAACGAGCGUUGACGUUUUAUGGGAGAUCCUGGAGAAUCAAGUGGUAGCGGAACGGCCUGAUAUGGUCCUCAUCAUGACCGUGCAUCCUGGUUUCGGAGGCCAAAAAUUCAUGGCCAGCGAAUUACCCAAAGUCGCCGCCCUGCGCCAGAAAUAUCCCGAUCUGAACAUCGAAGUCGAUGGCGGCCUGGGGGAGUCCACGAUCGAUCAGGCAGCAGAUGCGGGCGCGAAUGUUAUUGUUGCGGGUAGUGCCGUGUUUGGAGCAAAGGAUCCAGGUCAGGUCAUUCGGGUGUUGAGGGAAGCGGUGGAGAGGAGGAAGGGUGGGAAGUUAUAA